GAAUGGAUUUUCUUUAUCUUUCCAUUGUAGUCUCAAUUCAAUAAGCAAAACAAAAAAACGUAAAAUAUGAUGCACUAUCGGAAAGGUGAAAAUAUCGAGCAGGAGUUAACCAAAGAUGACUUGCCAUUCGCUGAUUGUUUGUCCAAGUUGCCACAAAAGGACUUUCUUUGGAUGCGCGUAAGAGGGGGUACUAAAGUACCGAAUGUUAUUAACUAUGCCAAAAAUGCUUUGGACAAUGGCGAAUAUCGAACAGUCGUUUGGAGCGGUAUGGGUGGCGGUGUGGUGAAGACGGUUUCUUGUGCAGAAGUAUUGAAGCGAAGCUAUCCGUUGUAUCAGUUGACCCGCAUGGAUCAAGUUACAAAUGAAGAGCAUUGGGUGCCGCAGAUGGACGGUUUAGAGCCGAUUAUAGCUAAACGAAAGGUGCCCAGCUUACACAUACUGAUGACGUUGGAUCCAAUCGAUGAGAGCAUUGGCGAUAUUCAGAAGCCCAAUACGACGACUGAGUACUGGAGAUGCCCGAGCUCCACCACGCAACAACAAAGACAGACACAACAAAUAGGACAAAAUAGCGAAGGCUUGAGACAGCGACGGCAACAUGAACAAAAACGGUUGUCUAAGGAAAGACCCCAAAGCCAGGUUGCGCGACAAGAGAAGGUAAAGGAUUUGCAAAGAAAAGAGCAAAGCGAAAGGCAACAGAAAUCGCAAAAUCCAAAUAAAAAUCGUACUGAGCUACGACAUAAUAACAGUAAUGGUCAACAUCGUCAGCAACGAGCUGAAAGAAAGCAAAGUGCGAAACUACAACAGCAAUCUGCCCAGGCUACGCAGAUGGAAGUUGGAACAUCAGGUGCCACAUCUGCGCCGCCUACUAAUAUUUCAAGUUGUAUAGACACUAUGGAAUCUUGAUUAAGAAAUGGGUUAAUUUGAUUUGUGAAAAUUAAGGAAAAGCAGAUCUUAAUCAUGCGUGCAACACAACGGCGCAAUUAUAACUUUUUAUGAUAUAGUUAAAAAAAUAUUUGAAAAAUAUACCACAAAGAUAACAUUUAAUUCUGUUCGUGUAUUUAACUAUAUUUUAGAUAUAUUAAAGCACUAGUUGAUGACAAUAAAUGUUGAUGUAGUAGAUACAGAAA